AAACGACCGGAAAAAUUUUCGUAAUGUCAAAUGAAGUGGACGAAGGAUUAUAUACUCGCCCAACGUCGAAUUUAGAUAACACUAUCAUAGAACGCAUUGCCCAAGAAAAAAAUAUUAUAAGAUGUAUAUCGCAACACCUGGGAAAGCAACAUGAUCGUUUCAACUUUUGCCUGGUGCUGAAGGCUUGGUCACCUACAGCUGUUAACUCACUAUGGUCGGAACCGAUAUUCAACACUCCCGAAUCUUUUCAUUCUUUUGAUGCCGUAGUUAGGAGAUCGGCGUUAUGUGCUCUUAGGGUUCGCGUGUUGGACCUAUGCAAUCCCGAAAAUGCUGUCGUAAACUCAUUUGAGCCCGUGCUAAAGUCUCUACGCCAAGAACAUCAGAGGAUGCGUACUUGUGUGUUAUCCAAGCGCGAUGUAAUUAUGCGAUUGGUCAGACUUUGUGAAAAUCUAUCGAGUAUCAAGGUUUAUGGAUGGAACCUAACAGACAGCGAUAUACAAGCAUUUCCUCAACACUGUACGGGACUUAAAGAAUUUUGCGUGAUUGGCAAUACGGGAUUAACUCGAACGGCAAUUAGUUCAAUCGUUAAUUCCGAAUGCGAUCUUCGUGUAUUGGAUCUGGAUGGAACGUUCAAUCUACCCGAUAGUUUUGCGGAAGCAUUGGCGAACAAGAAAGAACUCCUCAACUCUCUUAAACUUUGCACAAAAUCAAUGACUACCCGUGGAUUCCAUAAUUUAGCCAAAAAAUUGACUCGAUUGAAUAAAUUGAUAUUACAAGACUGCCCUGGGCUUACUAACCGCGACAUCGCACAAUUUGUGAACACCAAUUAUAAUCUGAAAACAAUCUCCUUAUCGGGCGAACAAAUCACGAUAGAAUCUUUAAAAGUAAUUUGUAACUUGAAAGAAUUGCGCCAUUUGGACUUGAGAUGCAAGUCCCAUAAUUGUGAGUUAACUCCAGAUGAUGAAUUCUUUGGUUCCCUGAGUAAAAACUUGCAUACUAUUUUGCUGGAAAAUUUGGCCGUGAAUGAUGACAUCAUUGACAUCAUAUCGACCCAUUGCGAACAGUUGGAAGUAUUUGGACUUUCACGAUGUUUACAUGUGACAGAACGUUCAAUUGAAAGAGUUUCACGUAAUUCUAAAAAUUUACGGGUUGUAAAUGUCGUAAAAUGUCCCAAUAUUACUGAAAAAUGUCUAAAAUUUCUGGCACGAUAUUCGCGUAAAACACUCACUCAGUUUAUAGUGGAAUCAUGUGGAUCAUUCUCUCCCGAAGGAGUUCAUUGGCUUGCUCGUAACAUUGACAAACUUGAAAAAAUAGCCUUCCAUGACACUCCAUCGAUAUUAGAAACUUUCGUUUGCAAAUUCUCCAGCGAACAAUUAUCUUCGAAUCAGCAUCUGAGUGGCUUGCCAAGCUGUACAAUCGAGGGUGAAAAUUUGAAAAAAUUGAUUCGACAUAAAACUCCUCAGAAUGAUCUCGACCUAAACGAAGGAGACGUGAUUAUUCCCAAAACCAAGCUUUCCGAAUUGGCCGCGGAGUUAAAUUUAUCAUUUGAUACGCUGGAUCGGGCAAUCAAGAAAGUGAUUGGAAAAGAGUGUUCGACUUCAUCUGCAGAGAACAUUCAUGGAAAUUUUGGUCGACGAGACUCACUAAAUAGCGCGUAUAGUGGUUCUCCACGUCGCGAGUCCAAAGAUUUUGACUCAAGUGAAACCAGGACUUCAGUAAGUCGUCAUAAUUCAUAUCCCACAGUGGUGAAGCCAUCUCCAAUCAAAAAGACACAAAGUGGAUGGACUGAGAUUAGCAUAAAGAUUCCUUGUUCGCAUAGAAAAUUUUCCUCUGAUGCUGAGCAAGAAAGUUCAUUUUGUCCAAGCACAACAAAUAACGUGAAUAAACCUGAUCAUGCUCAGACAGAGAUAACAAAAAUUUCGGGCAACGAAAACAAUUACCUUCCUAAUGAAAUCAAGAUACCUGAAAGAAAUAUAGCAGAACAUGAGCCUCGCGUUGUUGUUGAAUCUCCACUUUCUAUGAUAGACAAUCACCAACUCAAAUCACCGACUCAAGAAACAUGUCAGGAUAAAACUAUACUUAGGUCACAGAUAUCAAAUUCGGCUUUAACUUCACAAGAUUCAGAAAAAAAUGUAUUAGAAGCCAAUGUGAAACAAGAUACUCUUGUGGAAAGUUCAUCGUCACCGAAAUUAGGAUACAAUGAAAUUUCCAAACAAUCUGUAAAUGAUGUAAAACAAAAAUUUCAAUCAUUAAGUCUUGAGGAGCGAUCAACAGACAGUAAUAUUGAUGAAACAGGAGAUGACAUCCCUUUUUCGUGGAAUAAUGAUAUUUUGGGGGAUACGUCAGGUGAUUUAGGGGGAUGGGAGGAAAUGGGUUUCACGGAUGAAUCAAAUCAAAUGACUUCUGGUGAUGGAAAUCACAAUUGGGCUGGAGAUGAUGAUUGGUCACGAACCAAAGUUACAAAGAUAACAGAAAAAACGGACACUCCCACUAAAAAAGACACCCCACGUAAAAUGAAUUAUACUUCGAUUGACGCGAGAAAUAGUCAAUCACGUCAAGAGGACAACGGAAAAUGGCCCACACCUUCCGAGGCUGCUACCUUUUCAUCUAAAAAUGUUGAAACCGGCGAACAUAAUGAACAUAAUGUUCGGAACGUUAACUUUGCAUCACCUUGGGGAACUCCUAAAGAUUGGUCAUCCGUUGCAGGAAAAAAACAACGUGAACAACCUAAUCCCGUUUCGGGAUCGAAUCAAUUGAAAACUACUCAAACCUCUGCCAAACGUCAGGGCAACGAUAAUGGAUGGGGUACUCCAUCCAGGGACAUUCCAUGGGAUGAUCCUCGUCAAGGUUACUGUUGGGAAUUGAUCAAAGAACAAAAAGAGACCGUUUAUUGGUCGAACCAAAAUGGAAGGUGGGUAAAUGUCAGCGAAGAAACAAAGAUUUCAGAGAAAAAGACCUUUGAAGUUAAUGAAACUUGCUCGAAUGUUAGAAAAGUAGAGAGAACCCAACGUACCGAACAACGUCAAGAAUUCUCGUCUUCUAAUGAUGAUUUUAAUAAAAUUCGCGAGCAAUCAAGACGUGGACGUGGUUUUGAGACCAACAAUGAUAUUACUAUAGAACUAGUUGAUAGUGCAAAUGAAGAUGAAUUCACCAAAAAGGAGGAGAUUAUAACAAAUUAUGAUGGAUCAAGAUCGAGCACGGACGGUGCGAGAGAACGCUUGGGUAAUCCUCGGUGGAAAACGGAAUCCGAAUGGAAUCAUGAAGGCAAUAGACAAAAUUCCUUACCGAAGCCAGGUAGGGAAUCUGGUGAUCUUAUGAAUUUUGAUAUUCCUGACAUUUCUGACUCGAAGAGCUCUUCAGAUGAUUCUGAAGAGAUUUUGUCGAUCGCAUCCAAUAAGGGAGAUGGCGUGUAUCCCACUGUCAAAUCGAGUAAUUUACAAAGGGAAGACAUAAGCAUAGAUUUAUCAGAUUCAUCCAAUAGUGACUUGACUCAAAAUAAUAGGCUUGACGAGAGUGUCGCUCUUUCUAAUUCGAUAGGACACGAAUUUAAUAAAAAGAACAAUGGACAAGACUUACUGAUCGAUUUGGGUCAGUAUAAUGAAUAUCCAACUCAGCGCAACUCGAGACUCUCGAGUAAAGAUAGUUACCUUGAAUCCUUGAGUGAUAUUUUUCCGAAUACGACAACAUCGGUGAAGAAAGUUGGUGACAUUGAACAAAAUUUACUCUGUUUUGACGAUGAAAAUCAUUUUUCCGCAGUUGAAAACGGAAGUUCAAUCAGACCAGACGAAGUUGAGUCUUUUAAUAUCAUGGAAAAUAUUACUACCAGAGCAGAUGAGUCAAAAUCAGAUGCUUCUGCUUACGUCAAUCAAAGUCAUUCUUUGCCUGCUUCUAUGAAUUCGUACCCCGAGUCUUUUGACGUUAAGGAAAAUGUGAACUCGUCAUGGAACAAUGGUAAGGACGAACCAUCUAGAUCCGAAGCAAGAUCGUCGGUAGAUAUUGAUGUUACCCCAUCUGGUGAACGGAGCAAUAAAAUCAACUUCUUAUUAGAAACACCUACUGGUGAAAAAAAAAAGGUUUCCGUAUCACCGGACUCUGAUAUUGAUGCCAUUGCGAGACAAUUCUGUCAAAAUAAUGAUAUAAUGCAUAGUUUUGAAUCUGUUAGAGGAAUCAUGGAAAAAAAGCUUCAAAAAAUGAAAAAAAAAAAAUCCAAUAAUGAAGCAGACGUUUUCACAACAAGUGUUCAUAUUGCGACGAAUUCCGGUAUUCAAAAAUUAUCGAUAACAUCGGAUUCUAAUAUUGAUUCUACCGUGGAAGAUUUCUGUCAAAAAUGGAAUGCACUUGAUCAAUUCCAUAACAUUAAGAAACUAAUAGUAGAUAAAUUUGAAAUAAAGCGGCAAAAGAGACUGGUCAAAGCAAGAAAAGCUGCUAACCAAAAUUAA